AUGCGCGCCACGCUCGCACUGCUGUCUGCUGCCACCCUGGCCGCCGCGUGCGGCUCCGAGCACGAGUUUGCAAAGGUCCGCCGCGCCGCCAUCGAACGACGCGCUCCUGCCUCGUCGUCCGCCGCCGCCGCCGCCUCGGCCGCCUCGUCCGCCGUCGCCUCGCGUGCUGCGACCACCGCCAGUGCCGCCGUCAACUCGGCCGCAGCCGCCGCCACCACCACGGCCACCGCCGCCGCCGCCACCCGCACCGACGAGGCCAGCGCCGCCGGCAUCAAGGACCCGGCGCAGGAGUGCGCCCCGUACUACUACCCGCCAGUCGGCGCCUUGAUCGCAGACGGCGUCUUCCCGGCUAUCUGGGAGAUCGCGUCCCUCAGCACCGCCAAGCCGGACGUCACGGCGCUCUUCCAGUCGCUCAACAGCAGCAUCCCCAACAUUGCGCCCAAGGGCACGCCCCAGGGCGACUUUGCCUCGGUCCAGUACGACGGUGCCACGGACCCUGACUGCUGGUGGACUUAUCGCCAGUGCCGCACGCCCAAGCGCGAGGGCAUCAAGCCCGACGUCUACAACGUCCCGACGCCGGACACUUGGGGCCUGACCUACGAUGAUGGCCCCAACUGCUCGCACAACGCGUUCUACGACUACCUCGAGCAGCAAAAUCAGAAGGCCACCAUGUUCUACAUCGGCUCGAACGUCGUCGACUGGCCCCUCGAGGCGCAGCGCGGCCUCGCCGACGGUCACGAGAUCUGCGCCCACACCUGGUCGCACCGCUACAUGACGGCGCUCACGAACGAGCAGGCGUUCGCCGAGCUGUACUACAGCAAGAAGGCGAUCAAGGAGGUCCUCGGCGUCACGGUCCAGUGCUGGCGCCCGCCUUACGGCGACGUCGACGACCGCAUCCGCUACAUUGCCCAGUCGCUCGGCAUGCAGACGAUCGGCUGGGAGGACAACACGUUCGACUACGAGAUCGCGACGCUCUCGCGCGCGACCGUCGAGGCCAACUACAACGACAUCCUCAAGGCCGCCGGCAACGGCACCUACAGCGUCAACGGCACGAUCGUCCUCAGCCAUGAGCUCAACAACGACACGAUGAGCCUCGCCCAGGAGUACCUGCCCAAGAUCAAGGCGGCGUUCAAGCACGUCGUGCCUGUCGGCGUCGCGCUCAACAACACGGCGCCCUACGUCGAGCCGGGCUACACGUACCCGAACUUUGCCCAGUACAUCGGCGGCACGACGACCAUGUCGCUCGCGGCCCCGACGGCCGCGUCGACCGACAUCUCGCUCUCGCUCCCGCUCUCGACGGGCGCGACCGGGUCCGUCUCGGCCACGGUCGCCUACGCCUCGGCGACCAACUCGGGCGGCUCGGCCGCCGACGCCAAGGCGAGCGGCAAGAGCGCGGCGGGCCGCGUGCAGCCUGGCGGGUUCGCCGGCGCGCUCGUCGCUGCGGUCGUGGGUGCGGUUGGCGCAGGCGCCAUGGCCGUCAUGCUCUGAGCGGGCUCAGUUCUCGCCCUUCUUCCUCUCCUCUCUCGGCCUCUGCCCGUCGUUCCCUUAGCAUAUCCCCUCCCCUCUCGCACCUUAUCGCGCGCUCGUUCAUCUAGCACUCGGCGUCGUCGCCUUGUUCGCGCCCCCUCGCUCUGUCGUCGCCCUCUCGGACCCCGCACAGACCCUCCCCGUACAAAGACACUUUCACUCGUUC